AUGGACCCGCGCAACCUCCAGAAGCAGCGUGAACCUGAGGAGCCACGCUUCCUCAGCUUUCCACAUCUUCCCGAUGACGCGAAGCUCGAGGAUGGCAAGCCAGCGCUCAACAAAUACUCAUCUACCCUCACAACCGGUCACAACUUCCCCGGAGCCCAGGCAAUGCUGUACGCAGCUGGUGUACCAUCACGGGAAGCAAUGAAGACGCAGCCCCACGUGGGGAUUGCGAGCGUCUGGUGGGAGGGCAACCCUUGCAACAUGCACUUGCUGGAUCUCGGAAAGGAAAUCAAGAAGCACGUCUUGAACGACAACAUGCUGGCAUGGCAGUACAACACGAUCGGUGUAUCUGAUGGAAUCACAAUGGGUGGAGAGGGAAUGCGCUUCUCCCUCCAGACCCGCGAAGUCAUAGCCGACAGCAUCGAAACCGUAACAUGCGCCCAGCACCACGACGCCUGCAUAGCCAUCCCCGGAUGCGACAAGAACAUGCCCGGAGUCAUCAUGGCUUUCGCGCGACACAACCGCCCCUCGCUCAUGGUCUACGGCGGCUCGAUAAUGCCAGGAUACUCGGAGACGCUUAAGAAGCCUAUCAACAUCUCGACCUGCUACGAAAGCCACGGCGCGUACAUAUACAAGAACCUGAAGAGUGCCUCAGAGGGCAAGUUCUCGCCAGAUGAGAUCAUGGAGGAUAUCGAGAGGAAUGCUUGCCCAGGAGCUGGUGCUUGCGGAGGAAUGUACACAGCCAACACAAUGAGUACCUCGAUCGAGGCAAUGGGACUGACUCUCCCCAACUCUUCCACAACGCCUGCAACUUCGCCCGCCAAGAUGCGCGAAUGCGCCAAAGCUGCCGCUGCGAUACGAGUCUGCAUGGAGAAGAACAUCACACCGCGAAAGCUCCUCACAAAAGCUUCUUUCGAGAACGCCCUCGUCAUGAUGAUGGUACUAGGCGGAUCCACAAACGCCGUGCUACAUCUCCUCGCCAUGGCAGGCACAGCAGGCGUCCCCCUGACACUCGACGACUUCCAGCGCGUCUCCAACAAGAUCCCCUUCCUCGCCGACCUCGCGCCAUCAGGAAAGUACAUGGCCGCCGACCUCUUCGACAUCGGCGGCAUGCCCUCCGUUAUGAAACUGCUCGUAGCAGCCAACCUACUCGACGGCAGCAUCCCUACCGUGACAGGUAAAACUCUAGCCGAAAACAUCGAAUCCUACCCGUCCCUCCCCCAAGACCAAGUCCUCAUCCGGCCCCUGUCCAACCCCAUCAAACCCACCGGCCACAUCGAGAUCCUACGCGGUAACCUCGCGCCUUCGGGCGCCGUCGCAAAGAUCACGGGUAAAGAAGGCCUCAUCUUCACCGGCAAAGCGAUAGUCUUCAACAAAGAGCACGAGCUCGACCGCGCCCUCAACCUAGGCCAAAUCCCCCACGGCGAAAACGUCGUCGUAGUCGUCCGCUACGAAGGCCCCAAAGGCGGUCCUGGCAUGCCUGAACAACUCAAAGCCUCGGCUGCCAUCAUGGGUGCUAAACUUACCAACGUGGCUCUCAUCACUGAUGGUCGCUACUCGGGUGCUUCUCAUGGGUUCAUCGUUGGCCAUAUCUGUCCUGAGGCUGCGGUUGGUGGGCCUAUCGCGGUCGUGCAGAAUGGCGAUAUGAUCACGAUUGAUGCGGAGAAGAAUCGUAUCGAUAUGGAUGUGCCACAGGAGGAGAUUGAUAGGCGGUUGAGGGAGUGGGUGGCGCCUAGUAUGCCCGUCACGAGGGGUGUGCUAGCGAAGUAUGCGAGGUUGGUGGGGGAUGCGAGUCACGGGGCUAUGACGGAUCUGUUUUGA